AUGGGUACCUCUGACAGAGACUUGUGUCAGAAGCAGAAAUAUAUGCUAAUGGUUAAUGAAGAGCAGAACAGCAUGAGGGAAAAGAGAGACGAAGACAAGAUGAAUAGAGAGCAAGAUGGAGAGAAAACCCCAAAAGUGAGAGCUGUGGGACUGAAAGGCCAACAUGAGAUGAGCAUGAGUCAGAGCAUUCGCAGCCAAGUGAAAAGUCAUAGCCCAACUAACUAUGACACAGUGAUGGCAGUCGGACAGGACGUUGCAGGUGACGACAGGAGCUUUCAGAGCUACCCUAUCAUCGUUCACUCUCAGCAGCACCUGGUCAGUCCGUCUCUCUUCAGCCAAGACGGGAACUCUCACAGUCAAUGUCCUGAGAUACCCUUCAGCACCAUAUCCCUGUCAGAGUGUGCAGCCCUCAUGGACACGUGUCUCUUCCCACCUUGGCCACAGGGGUCAAAGGCUUUUGUAGUUGGAGAAGACACAGAGACAGGCUUGGCCCCUGCUGCCUCCAAUGACAGGUCAACAGACUGCCAUAGCAAUGAGAGUCAUAUUUAUUUUAAUAAAAAGACAGUAUUUUCUGCCAACCUGAACUUGGCCACCAUAAGAAGCAAAGGCUUUAUCCGUCCUCAUUCUCCACAUCAGGUUGAUCCAUGGAACUUGAAGCCACCAGAUUUCUCUCCUAAACUCUACACAUCUCUGAGUGUCCCUCGAAGGAAGAACACAAAAAAUACACACCAACAUUUACUGUCACUUGCCUCCAGUGAGACAGCCUUCAGAGUGGACAGAGUUACCCCAAACAUUCUACUUACCGAGAUUGACCAGAAUAAGAAAGCCUUGCCAAAGUUCAGUACAUCAUACAGACCUCCUGGCUCUUUAGAAUCCAAGCUGAUGUUCGUUAAAACAGGGAAAUACCCUCCUGUGACCUACAAGAACCCUAAACCACAUAACUUUAGACCGCUUGCUGAUGACAUGCCAAAUAUAGUUACUGCAGCUGAAAGGGAUCCUGGUCACUUGAACUUCAAAUCUCAGCACCUGAGUAUAAUUAGGGGCACCAGAUCGGACACAGACAUUUACUCAAGGGAACCUUUGGGGAAGAUGGACACCUAUAAGCCAACAGAGCCCAGAUGGGAGGCCAGGCUCACACUCCCUAAAUUGCCAUGGCCCUCAAAAUCUGCCUCCUACACUAGACACAGGCACAGACGCGGAGUGUACAGUGCUUUCAUGGACAGAGUAGAGGAGAAGAUCUCCAGCUCUUGGAAAACUGUCUGA